CCUGCAAUUUGACCUUGGAUUUUGACAACUAACCCUUAAUUUAUUGUUUGUAGGAAAAAAAAUUGUUUUUAAUUUAUUUUCAGUCCAAAUACGAAAUUUUUGAAGUUUAUAUUAUGAUUUAAUCAAUUUGUUUCCCUUUAAACUGUGACAAAUUUUAUCUGCGUAAGAACUUCUUUAUUUCUCUGUGAAAAUGAUAUUUUUUAAACCUGCCUGGAUCAAUCAUGAAGACAACAAACCGAUUUUUUCUGUCGAUAUACACCCGAAAGGAAACCGAUUUGCUACAGGGGGUCAAGGUGGGUCAGGUGGUCGAAUAGUUAUUUGGAAUGUUAGCCCUGUUAUCAGCGAAAGCGAUGAAUCGAAUCCUAGUAUCGCUAAAAUGCUAUGCCAAAUGGAUAACCAUUUGGCAUGCGUUAACGUGGUCAGAUGGAGCAAUAGUGGACAUUUCCUGGCAUCGGGUAGCGAUGACAAGCUUGUGAUGAUAUGGAGAUUGAGUAGCGAGGGAAGUUCAUCUAUCUUCGGCAGUAGUAAGGUUAAUGUGGAGACAUGGAAAUGUAUACACACCUUGAACUCACACAACGGAGAUGUUUUGGAUUUAGCAUGGGCGCCACAUGAUGGGUGGUUAGCUUCAAGUAGUGUAGACAACAGUGUUAUCGUUUGGAAUGCUCAUAAAUUUCCAGAAAAAGUUGCAGUGCUUAAGACCCACACUGGCAUGGUUAAGGGAGUGACUUGGGAUCCUGUUGGCAAAUAUCUAGCCAGCCAGUCCGAUGAUAAAUCAUUGAGAAUUUGGAGGACAUCAGACUGGGCCCAGCAAGAGGUAGUGACAGAUCCCUUUCAGGAAUGUUCAGCUACGACACAUGUAUUAAGGUGUUCAUGGUCACCGGAUGGUCAGUAUUUGGUUUCGGCGCACGCCAUGAACGGAGGUGGUCCCACAGCCCAAAUCAUCGAGAGAGAAGGAUGGAAACAGGACAAGGACUUUGUGGGGCACAGAAAAGCCGUCACUUGCGUUAGGUUCAAUUCGAAUAUCCUAAAGAAACCUAACGCAGACAGUCCGAAAAAAACCACUCAGUACUGUUGCUGUGCCAUCGGGUCACGAGAUAGGUCUAUCAGUGUAUGGUUAACCUCACUUAAGCGCCCCCUGGUCGUUAUUAAGGACCUGUUCGAUGACAGCGUGUUGGACAUUUCGUGGAACGCUGCGGGAAAUUUUCUGUUGGCCUGUUCCUGGGACGGUACAGUGGCGUGCGUCACUUUCGGACAGAGCGAAAUCGGCAUACCCCUUUCAGUCGAUGAAAAGAACGCUCUUUAUGAAAGGAUGUACCACAAGUCAUUGCAGAACAGUUGGAAUACGAAUUUUAGCGGUACCCAAAUUGUUGAAGACGCGGAACUGUUAUGCGCCAUCGACGAAAUGAACGAGAAAUCGAAGGAAGUGGUUUUGGAAUUACCGGAAAUCAAGGAACCGCCUAAGGCGAAAGAUGUGUGUUACGAAAGUCCAAUGCCCAAUCAGAAUCUUUUGGUACCGAUCAACAAACAGGUGGAAACCAGGCUUCCUUCUGGGAAACGAAGAAUAACGCCCAUGUUACUGACCACAGUUUCACCAUCUCCCACUACUAAUGGCACUUCAAAUAACUUAUGGAUAAAUACGGAAUCCACGCAGUUUUUUUCGCAAUCGGCUGCGUUCAGCAAGUCUUCGCCCACUAAAAGUCAAAUAAUCGUCGAAACUAGAACAGAGCCUCAAGCCAGGCCUGCUCCAGUAGCGCAGCCCAAACCUGUCAGUCAGCAGAAGGUUCAAGUGUCAGAAACUGUCGUCUCUAAACCACCCGGUUCCGAAAUCAAUCAGCUGAUGUGCGUCGACGUUCCUGGUGACGAACCCAUCACGAAAUUUAUCAGUAUUUUGGAUCCUUGCAAGUUCACACCUGGUACCACUGUUACCAAAGACGCGGGAAUCCUUAAAGUUCAAGUAACAAAUAAUUGCCAUAGAAUUACCAACAAUCUGUCUUUGUCAAAAAUAGAAGUAUGCAAGAAAUCGUCUGAAUCAAAGGAACCUAUUUGGGAAACAUUUUUAGGAUCACAAAUACGCACUCUGGCUACAAAUCGCAAACUUUUAGUGGCUUGUUGUGAAGAUUUAACAGUAAAUACCUAUGAUCUAAAAUCUGGUGCCAGAUCUUUACCCCCUCUAUUAAUUGAAGAUUUGGUUUCGUGUUUAAGUCUUUCUGAAAAGGGGCAUCUUUUGGUUUUAACCAAGACUGGUCUGAUGCACAUGUGGGACCUCUGCCAAUCAAAGAGCGUGCUCAAUCGGGUGUCAGUUCGAUGUUUGCUGAUCGGAAAAGCUACGGUAACUGGAUGUUCUUUGACGCCAUCAAAUCAACCCAUCUUAACCUUGAGCGAUGGUAGAGCCUACUCCUAUAGCCUAGAUUUACAAACCUGGGUUCAAUUGUCGAAUCCUCUGGAUCCGGUGAGCCGAUCCGGUGCUUCCAUGGUACGAAAAGUACCGCACUCACUGCCAUUAGCCUCAUUACAAAGGGCUAUGCCCCAAUAUAGUCAGACUGACUCGUCGUUGCCUCCCGGCGUCACGCUCAGCUUUUUAGAAUCUCAAAUCACUGCCACUAAUGUAUUGCACAGCGUGACGGAAUACCGCCAUUGGUUGCUGGCACAGGUCAAUCAUCUGUUGGACAAAGGUCCAGAAUGUAGACUGAAAUUAAUUUUAGAUGAUCUCAUCGGUCCCACUCAUUCCAGCGUGAAGAAAAGUAAACUGGAUACUGAGAUAAUGGGUCUGUCGCGACGAAAGCUUUUCGAAGAAAUUCUAAACGUGAUAAAAACGAAAUUGCCAUGGCAACGGCUGUACAAGGAAUACAGCGAGCAAAUUAGAGAUGUGAGUUAAUGAUAAAUAAAUAAUAUUUACAAUUGUA